CUUGAAGCCGUUAGUUCAUUGAACCUUAGCUCUUACGUUGCGUCUUAAAAUCUCAUUCUUACCCACAUAAAAAGAAAAAAAAGUUUGUACUGUAUUUCUUCUGGGUUAGGUUCUUGUAAUUAAUUAAAAGGAAAAGACUUUACCCUUUUUUAUCUGGAAUCGUUUUAUGUCGAUUCCUCUACUUUUCCAAUUCCUAGACAUCGUCGUGUUUUGAUUAAUGUUGGUUUACUUCAUUCUUGACUUCAAACAAUGACUGCUAGUAAGAGAUCUAUUACACAGUUCUGUUGUUCUAAGCUCCACUGUCUUCCUCUGCUCUUGUAUUUGCUGAUUUGGACUCCUUCCAUCUCCUUUGCUGCUACUAACCCUGACGAUGUUGCUGCAAUAAACGGUUUAUUCACUGCACUUGGGGCACCUAUGCUUCCUGGUUGGACUGCUUCUGGUGGAGACCCAUGUGGUGAAGCUUGGCAAGGCGUUGUCUGCAAUGUCUCAGAUAUUAUAAGCAUAACUGUAAAUGCGGCAAAUCUGGAAGGAGAGCUUGGUGACAACUUAGCUAAGUUCACUUCUAUCAGGGGAAUAGAUUUCAGCAACAAUCACAUUGGAGGAAGCAUACCUUCUAAUUUGCCAGUUACAUUGCAGCAUUUUUUUCUUUCAGCUAAUCAGUUUACUGGAAGCAUCCCUGAAUCUUUAGGAACCCUAAGUUCUCUGAGUGACAUGUCUUUGAAUGAUAACCAUCUCUCCGGAGAGUUACCUGAUGUGUUUCAAAACCUUCCUGGGCUGAUUAAUCUAGAUAUCUCAGCUAACAAUCUAAGCGGCACAUUGCCUCCUUCAAUGGAGAAUUUAUCAGCUCUUACAACAUUACGUGUUCAGAACAAUCAGCUCUCAGGAACUCUAGAUGUUCUUCAAGGCCUUCCUCUUCAGGACUUGAACAUAGAGAAUAACCUCUUCUCUGGACCAAUACCAGAAAAACUGCUAAGCAUUCCGACAUUCCUAAAGGAAGGAAACCAGUUCAACUCCACCACAAUUGCACCAUCACUGUCUCCCUCUACAUCUCCAACAAAACCAGCUCCUACACGACCAUUUUUUGGAGUUCCACCACCUCCUGCAACCGAAAGAAACCGAGGGAAAGCUUCUGGUGGACCUCCUGCUUCAGAAGGAUCUAAUUCAAAAGAGCAGAAGAGCUCUUCAAAUACUAAACGGAUAAUCCUCAUAGCAUUCGCUAGCGUCCUCGCCGUCAUCAUUCUUGUUUUGGCAAUACUCUUGCUGUUGCCAAAAUGUGCAAGAAGAAGAAGAAGAGAACGUGCUAGUAGAGUCUUUAAACCUCAUCAAGUUGGUGCUGACAGAGGAAACAGAGAGAAUGCUCUGGAGAACGGCCCUCCUCUACUUCCACCACCUGUUCGGUCUGAGAAAGUACCCUUCACGAAAGCUGGACAAGAACCAAAGGUUUUACAUGACCUUGAGCGGUUGCAAAGGCCUGCUCCACCUCCUAUGACACGGCAGGAGAGUCAAGAUAUUGAUUUCUCAACGUUGAUGCCUCCACCCCCUCCUCCUCCACCGCCGCCACCACCUCCUUUGGCUGAGAAGGUCACCGUUAUGCCAAUUAAGUCUCCUGAGAGACCCUUGAAGAAGCCUUCCCCUAAGACACGCUUACCCUUAACUUCUGUGAAGCACUACUCCAUUGCAUCUCUUCAACAAUACACUGAAAGCUUCUCUCAGGAUAAUCUACUAGGCUCUGGGAUGCUUGGGAGUGUUUACAAGGCUCAUCUUCCGGAUGGAAAGUUGUUUGCUGUCAAGAAGUUAGACAAGAGGGCUUCUGAACAACAAGAAGAUCAUGAGUUCAUCGAACUAGUGAACGAUAUAGAUAGGAUUCGACAUGCCAACAUCGUGGAACUUGUUGGUUACUGUGCUGAGCACGAUCAGAGACUACUUAUCUACGAAUAUUGUAGUAACGGUACGUUACAAGAUGGUUUGCAUUCAGACGAUGAGUUCAAGAAGAAGCUUUCGUGGAAUACACGUGUCAGAAUGGCACUUGGAGCUGCUAGAGCCCUUGAGUACUUGCAUGAGGUGUGUGAACCACCAAUCAUUCACAGAAACUUCAAGUCAGCCAAUGUCCUAUUAGAUGAUGAUCUGAGUGUUCUUGUCUCAGAUUGUGGUUUGGCCCCACUUAUAUCAUCAGGCUCUGUAAGUCAGUUAUCAGGACAAUUGCUAGCGGCUUAUGGAUAUGGAGCUCCAGAGUUUGACUCAGGAGUCUAUACAUGGCAGAGUGAUGUGUACAGUUUUGGUGUUGUUAUGUUAGAACUCUUGACUGGUAGAAUGUCCUACGACAGGGACCGGAGUAGAGGAGAGCAGUUCUUGGUGAGGUGGGCAAUCCCUCAGCUUCACGAUAUUGAUGCAUUGGGCAAAAUGGUUGAUCCAUCUCUUAAGGGACAGUACCCUGCAAAGUCAUUGUCACACUUUGCUGAUAUAAUUUCCCGGUGUGUUCAGUCUGAACCAGAAUUUAGACCAUUGAUGUCUGAAGUAGUUCAGGAUCUUCUAGAUAUGAUCAGAAGAGAGCGUCAUGGUUCAGGGGAGCCUAGUGCAGACUAGUGAAUUGUAAAGAAGCAUUUUUUGAUGAUCUGUGUGAAUUAGCGGAAACAAUAGAUGUUUCAGUUCUCUGAAACAACGAGAAGAACAAAGGGGACUAAACCAAAGACCUAAAACAAGUCAUAAUCAAGCCAAAAGGAGGCUUGUUUCAUGUAACAUUGGCCCAAGGAAAAGAUCAUUGUGCUUGCCUCUAGUAGCAGAUGAUUAGGUUGGUGGAAAGUUUCAUUUUUUUUUUUGUUUGUUUGAUAAUUUUAGAUCAUCCUUGUUAGUAACCUAUGUUUAUUGAAGACCUCCUCUAGUAUAAAAUUGUGUUUACUUGAUUCUUCCAACUUGUUUGUACUUAAAAAUAUGUAUAAUUUGCUCUGUGCUGUCUUCUUUUUAGCGUGUUAUUCAAUUGGAACACUGUACUUGCUAGACUGAACCAAACGGAUCUGUACAUUAUUAGUUACUGAAAUGACUUGCUUGAG